AGACUGAGGGAGGGGGAAGAAAUGAAAAGAGAGGUGGAUGGGCUGUGCUGGGAAAAACAAAAUGCAAAGCCCAGGAAUGAACAGCCUUCUUUGAACUGUGUUAUUUUAAUAAACUCUUCUUUGUCCCAUUCAAGAUAAGGGAUGCUGUGCUCAGUCCUUGAGGGCUGGUCACAUGGGGAAUGUCAAAAUGGCAUGAGUGAUAGAUAGACACCUUACAACAGAAGGUGGGUGGCAGUGAAAGAGACAAAUAUAAGUGGAGGUUGUUAAAGAGAAAAGGUUUAUACCUGGGUUAUCCCUUAAAUAGUGGAGCAUCAGAAGGCAUGGGACAGGGAUUGCUUAGGACUGUCGGAGCAACCCAUGCAUUCUGCAUCCCAUGUCUUAAGAAAUACCAUGUGUUUCUUUGUGGGGGUCAGUGUGCUGCCCCCUUCUGUCACAAGAGAACAAAGAGGAAUAGCUACAAUAAACACACCCAGUUUCCUCUCUGGCCCUUGUCAGCCGACAACGAGAGAAGCAAGAACUUGGAUCCACCAUGUUUUAACUCAGCAUGUUUCUGGACUUUAAUCUCCUGCUUCUGGCUGCCACAUUAAUGCAUCCUCCUGCUGCACAGACAUCCAUCCACGUUGUAAACGGGGUCCUGGGAAAACCAGUCAACUUUGUUACAAAUGCUUCCUUGGAGGGAAUAGUGGAAGCUAUUGAUUGGGACUUCCAGGCAGAAACUGGGCCUCUACUGGUACUUGCUGAAUUAAAAAAUGGGGAAAUAAAGAGGGCUAAUCCAGAAGACAGAUUUCGGCAGCGACUGGAAAUAAUCAACAAGACUAUGUUAAGGAUCAAGGACCUGGAGGUAGAAGAUGGUGGUGAAUACACAUUCCGUGUCAAGUUUCCUCUUGGAAAACUUUACAUCCAAAAAUUCCAGCUAAAUAUUUUUGUUUUUCACACAUUUUUGACAGAUCCGGUGCCACAACCCCAGAUUCAUCCGGAACAAGUCUCCCAAACUCUGCAUGCAUGUAAUGUGACUCUAAAGUGCCUGGCAUCUGGGAAAGGGAGAUUCAGCAUCUCCUGGGAAGCUGGGAAUCCCCUCAAGGGCUUAGAGGAAGGUUUGGACUGGUACCAACUCUCCUCCAAUGGAUCAGACCGCAAGCUUAGAUUCUGGGACUACCACAGAAGAAAAAGACUAGUUGUGUGACAGAAACAAAAAGAAACAGAAUAAACUGGAAGUUGUGGUGGGACAGUGGCAGGCUUGUGAAACAAUACCCUCUAAGUGUAGCCUCAAGGAAUGAAUGUGGACAGAUGAUAAUCAUUUGUUUACAAGGUGCUGAUAUCUGGUUUCUUCCUGACAACAGUGUUUGCAUAAAGAAAUAUAUUUCUGAAUAUAGUACUGAACAGACACAUCUAAGUGCAUCCUGGAUACGCUACAGUCCAGACUGCUGGGUGUACAGACCCCGCUGUGUGGCUCAGACAAGACUCCUUUGUCCCCAUCUGCAGAGAGCAAUCCUGCUAUUUUAUGUCGUGGAGAUUUUUUAAAAAUAUAUUUCUUAUUUGGAGUUUGAGGAUAAACCAUUCCAUCCUCUUUCUGCAUUCAUCUACAUUAAAAAAGAAAUCCACAUGGAACUACUUAAUGAUUAAGGGCACUUUAAAACUUAUUCUCUCAAAAUAUAUAUGUCUACAUGCAUUCUGAUUGGGGUGUGGGGGUUUUAAAAUUAAAAAAGAGGCAUCUCCAUUUUUGAAAGCCAGUGAAUAAUAACAGAUUGCCUUGCAAACCAAGUCCUGCUGAGCCCAUCACACUUAGCAGAUGGAUGUCUCUUAUCAAGACUUGACUUAUUGUGAUUAAUUAUGUUCCUGUUGACUUUUCAGUCCCCACCCCUUGCUCAAAUUCCUAAAGAAUUUACUGUUUCUAUAAUUCUGUAAAAACUAAAAGUGGGUUCUUUUUAAACAAUGCAGCCUCUCCAAGUCCAAGAGGAAGACUUCCAGCAGCUGCCUUGCUGAGAAAUGCGGAAAAUAUUGCCUUUCAAAUAUUCUUGAUACAGAUGGGCACGUACCACCGGGGAAGGGAACUUCUCUAAAAGAAGAUUCUCAUGUUGCAAAAUAUGUAAACUGGGAUUUCUAGUUUCUUGUUGAUUUCAUUUUCUU